UGCUCUGCUGCUGUUGGUCCACACACACACACACACAACGCAAGUGGCCUUCAAAAAAAGCAUUUUCAUUUCAUCAUCGGGUUGAAAAUGAUAUCCUAAAGAAAAGAUCUUCCACAUAAACAUGCACAGAACAGAAUCUAUGCUCUCCCCCCUGUUUCCUUCUUCUCGAUUAUGCAAUUGCAAUUCUAAUGGACCCAUCCCAUCCCAUCCCAUCAUCUCCUCUUCCAUAUUUCCCACCACUCUCAGUGCCAUCACCAAGCAACUAGUAGUAUCAUCAUUCAUCAACACUCCUUCUCUCUCUCAAAUAAUUCAAUCCUCUUAUUAAAAAUCUUUCAUAUAAAAUUUCUACAAUCCCACUUCAUAUACUCUGCUCUGCUCACCAACUCUACCUUUUUCGAUGCCCACGCCUGUUACUACAGCCAGGCAAUGCCUCACAACCGACGCCGCUCUGGCACUAGACGAGGCCGUCGUUGUCUCUCGUCGCCGCGCUCAUGCUCAGACCACCUCUCUCCAUGCCGUUUACGCCCUCCUCUCCAUACCCAGUUCCGGCCUCCGCGAAGCCUGCGGACGGGCCCGGAACGGCGCUUAUUCCAGUCGGAUUCAAUUUAAGGCACUUGAACUCUGCCUCAACGUCUCCCUCGACCGUCUACCUUCCUGCCCUAAUCGCUCCGACGAGCCGCCGGUUUCUAACUCCUUAAUGGCCGCGAUUAAACGGUCGCAGGCCAACCAGAGAAGGCAGCCGGAGAGCUUUCAUUUGUAUAAUCUCAGACAAGAGACGUCCUCCUCGGUUUCCACGGUAAGGGUGGAGCUUCCCAAUCUAAUUCUAUCUAUACUGGAUGAUCCGGUCGUCAGCCGUGUCUUCGGCGAAGCCGGAUUUAGGAGUUAUGACAUCAAGUUUGCCAUUCUCCGUCCCGUUCACCAUUUUUCCAGAUGCUCCCGUUACAGAGGACCGCCUGUUUUCCUCUGUAACUUGACCGGCGAUUCGAAUACUAAUUCUCGAGCUUUUAGCUUUCCCUUCAUGGGUUUCUCCAACUACCCAAAUGGAGAAAACCAUUUCAAGAGAAUAGGAGAAAUCAUCAUAAGAAACAGCGCAAGAAACCCGCUUCUUGUAGGCGUUUCCGCCAUUAACAUCCUUCGGAGUUUCUCGGAAACUGUAGAGAAAAGUAAAGGGCUCGGAGUUUUGCCCGUAGAAAUGUCCGGAAUUAUCAUAAUUUCCAUCGAAAACGAAGUACCCAAGCUGAUUUCCGAUAGAUUUGAUGAUGACCAUGACGAGAUUCUGAAAUUAAAAUUUCAGAAAUUAGGUGAGACGAUAGAGAAGAGUACAGGACCUGGUGUCAUAAUCAAUUAUGGCGAUUUGCAGGUACUCGUUGCUGAUCAUGGUCACGAAUCGAAUCGUUCUUCAUCGUCGAGCUCCAUCGUAAGAGAGAUUACAAGGUUGCUUGAUGUUUAUCGCGGGAAGGUGUGGUUAAUCGGAGCUGCUUUGAGUUAUCAAACAUACUUGAAGCUCUUGAACAGAUUUCCAUCCAUAGAGAAAGAUUGGGAUUUACAGCUCCUUCCCAUCACUUCUCUUGCUCCUGCAAUGGAGGAGUCUUACAUCCCCAGAUCCUGCUUGACGGAGGAGCCUUUCGUGGGUCUUGGCGGAUUAUUAAGCUGCUCCUACCAAUUCCCGACCCCUUUUAACAACAUAGAUAAACACGAUCAAAACGUCAUCCCACAUGGAAUCUCAUGUGGAGAUUUGUCUGUCUUGCCUUCAUGGUCCUUGGAAAGUAAUGAAUCUAGAAAACCUGCUGAUUUCGAUGACACGAAGGCCGAUGAUGAUGAUGAUGUAAUUAUAUUGAAUGUGAAAGCGGCCGGCGUCCCAACCGUAGUAGGUUUCAAGGUUAACGACGACAGAAGUGGAUCUGGAAAGAACGAUUCUUGUGUAUCAAUUGAUCUCGAAGAAAGUCCAUCGCCCUCGGAAACAUCCGCAACCACAAAUCUGGGCCUGGUUCAGAAGAAGAAUCGCUCAUUUGAUCGUGUCCCUUCUUUUUCAUCACGGUUUGAUCGUGUCGAUUUCAAGAUGCUCUAUCGGGCUUUAAGUGGAGGCGUUGUCGUCCGGGAAGACGAAUCUUUCGAGGCCAUUAGCCGAGCGAUAGCAAGACACGGAAAGAGCGAUGAAAAACGCUCGAGAGGCGAUGUAUGGUUCGGUUUCCUCGGUCCUAACCGCUUCGGCAAGAAGAGGGUCGCGAUUGCCCUUGCCGAGAUCCUAUACGCAAGUAAAGAAAAUUUCAUUUCCAUCGACUUGAGUUCCGAAGAUUGUAUUUUUCUCGACAAUAAUUUGAAAUUCAGAGGGAAGACUGUCGUUGAUUUCAUCGCCCACGAAUUGAAUGAGAAGCCUUCGUCCCUCGUUUUCCUCGAAAACAUAGAUAAAGCCGAUCCCCCCACGAAGAACAGCUUGAUCCAGGCGGUGAAAACUGGUAAAUUUUCCGAUUCUCACGGGAGAGAAGUCAGUCUCAACAACGCUGUUUUCGUGGCUGCGACCUCUGCUUUCAUAAACAUUCCAAAUUCUUUCCACGGAAACGGGAACUAUUCGGAAGAGAAGGUUCUGAAUGCAGUCAAGACAGGGCCGGUCCGAAUAGCAAUUGAAUGUAGAAAAACCGGCACCAACAAAAGAAAGCUGUCAACAGAAACAUUAUUGUCGCCAAAACGCAGUCAUAAGAUAAAUCUAGACCUGAAUAUAGCGGCGUCCGAAGACACAGAGGAGGUUGAGGAAGCCGAGUCCAUGAUGAAGUGGUUGGAAAGUUUCAUAGAGCUGAUGGACGAGAGAAUUGAGUUCAAAGGGUUGGAAUUGGAUUCGAUGGCGGAGAAAAUAAGGCAGGACAUAAACGAUUGCUUCCACAAGAUCUUCGGGCUGGAGAUUGUGGUCGAGAUCGAGGAAAGGGUAAUGGAGGGGCUUCUAGCGGCCGCCUGUAGCAUGUCGGAAAGCAGCAGCUGGGAAUUGGAAGCGUGGAUAAAGGGAGUACUUGCAAAAGGAUUUGAAGAAGCUGAAAAAAGACAAAAGAAUCUCCAAAGUUGGUCUUCUGUCCGGCUUGUUGUAGUUACCGGGGAAGAUCUUUGGCACACGACCGAGCCAGUUCAAGAGGAGGGGACUACUUACCUUUUAAGAUUAUAAUAUUUUAAGGUUCAUUUUGUAGCUUAAUUGUUCAAAUAUAUUAAUAAACAUUUGUAACACCUUUCUAUUUUGUGGUUUAGAAUAUAAAUAUAUGUGUGAUUAAGAUUGUAACUAUGUUUGUAGGUUUGUAAUAAUAUAUCAUGAAGCAAGCAUCUUUAUCUUCUUCCUA